AUGGCACCUAUUAACGCGAAUGAUAUCAACGAUGCGAAGAAUUUCGUGCCGGCAAAACAGGUUUUACCUGAAGUUGAGACUGACAAUGGAAAUGGAAAGGCCUCAUCUAAAGGGUAUUCAUAUGAAACGUUACAAGAGACCGCAAACUUCUUGCUGUCUCGAAUUUCGGAGAUACCCAGCAUUGGCGUAAUAUGCGGUUCUGGGAUGGGUUCGUAUUGGAAAGAGGGUUCCUUAGCAGAAAUAAUAAAAGAGGCAGUACGUAUCCCGUACGAAGACAUUCCAAACUUCCCAGUGAGCACAGUCGAAGGUCACCACGGCCAACUAGUAUUCGGCAAUAUUGGCGAUGUGGCUGUUGUAGCUAUGCAAGGAAGGUUCCACUACUACGAGGGAUACCCACUUUGGAAGUGUUGUCUACCCGUACGCGUGAUGAAACUCAUUGGUGUAAAAACACUGAUUGCAACGAAUGCAGCCGGUGGUCUCAACCCUACAUAUAAAAUCGGCGAUGUAAUGAUUGUUAGGGACCACAUUAACAUGAUGGGCUUCGCGGGCAACAACCCACUCCAUGGUCCCAACGACGAAAGAUUUGGGCCACGUUUUCCCCCUAUGAGCAAGGCGUAUAAUUACGAGUUUAGAAAAAUUGCCAAAGAGGUUGCCCAAGAACUAAAUAUGGAGAACAUCAUCCGCGAAGGAGUUUACACGUGUCUCGGCGGACCAAACUUCGAAACUGUGGCUGAGCUGAACAUGUUAAAAAUGGUGGGAGUGGACGCCGUGGGCAUGUCUACCGUUCAUGAGGUAAUCACCGCAAGACACUGCGACAUGAAUGUAUUCGCGCUCUCUCUUAUCACUAAUGAGUGCGUGACGAGUUACGCCGACGACGCCGGUGAAGCCAAUCAUGAGGAAGUGUUGGACGUGGGCCGCAUGAGACAGGACAUUCUAAGGGAGUAUGUGUCAGUGCUCAUCGAUAGGUUCUCGAAAAUUGAGACCAACCCCUGA